UGAUCAUGUGCCUAUAUGUCAGCUGAUUAACAUAUGUCUACUUUCGGUUUGUGUGAAUAUAGAACAAGUAAACACGUAUAAAGCAGAACGUUUCUCUGUGAUACAGUUUUAUCCAAGGAUCGAACAUGUUCACGGUAAAGGUACUGUGGGUUUGCUCACUGCUCGUGUGCGGGUCAUACGUAAUGGCGGACACACCCGCCAACUGUACGUACGAGGAUGUUCGGGGCACUUGGGGAUUCUCCAGUACCGAGAUCGCUGGUGACAACAGCAUCAAUUGUACGGUAGAGACUCAGUACACGCGCAAGUUGAAGAUCACAUUGGACUUCCCGGACCUGGCCGUAGAUGAAUUCGGAAAUACAGGUCACUGGACGAUGAUCUAUAACCAGGGUUUUGAGGUGGUUAUCGCAGGCCGGAAAUACUUUGCGUUCUCCUUCUACGAGAUCCAAGACAACAAAGUGGUCAGCGAGUGCUGUAACACAUUCCCAGGUUGGGUACAUACCGUUGAUGAACGAAACUGGGAUUGCAUGCAGGGAAUGAAGCUAGACUGUGAUGCCAGGAACCGGAAAGCCAUAUCGCAGCCGGAUAGCAGGCAACUGGGGGAAAUGCCUCUACGAAACUUGCAUACAUUUGCUAAAGUAAUCAACAGUAUGCAGAAACACUGGGUAGCCACCGGGGAUACGAUCUUUGCGGGAAAAACUGUGAAAGAAGCACAUCGCAUGAUUGGGGGUCAAAGAUCAGCGCGCGCAUUCCCUCCUUCUGCCACGGCUACCAACGAACAUCUUAGAGCGGCCCGUGCUUUACCGACGCUGUUUGAUUGGCGGAACAAGGACGGUGUAAACUACGUCUCUCCUAUUCGCGACCAGGGCGAUUGCGGGAGUUGCUACGCGUUCGGGUCCAUGGGUCUGUAUGAGGCGCGCGAGCGGGUGUUCACCAACAACACCGUGCAGAAGGUCUACUCCACACAGGACGUGGUCAGCUGUUCUCAGUACUCGCAGGGCUGCGAUGGGGGCUUCCCUUACCUCAUAGCUGGCAAAUACGGCCAAGACUUUGGACUGAUUGAGGAAGAAUGCUUCCCGUACGAAGGCAAGGACAUGGAGUGUAUAAAGACCGCAUGCGCGAGGAAAUACACACGUGACUACUAUUAUAUUGGCGGUUACUAUGGAGCGUGUAACGAACCACUGAUGAGGGCGGAGCUUGUGAAAAACGGGCCAAUCGCUGUCAGUUUUGAAGUUUACGGCGACUUUAUGGCUUACAAGAGUGGCAUUUACCACCAUAUCACGGGGCUGGAGGGCAAGUUCAAUCCCUGGGAGAUCACCAACCACGUGGUGCUCGUGGUUGGGUACGGGGAAGAGCAGGGCGUUCCGUACUGGAUCGUCAAGAACUCUUGGGGUACCAGCUGGGGAGAGGAUGGCUUCUUCCGGAUCCGCCGUGGCACAGACGAAUGCAGCAUCGAGAGCAUCGCUGUUGGUAUACUUCCGGUGAUCUAGUCCCUGUGGAUGUAUCCAGGCAACGGCUCUCGCAAUGUGAUCUUCUGGUCAUACAUAUCAAUGUACACAAAUGAAUAGCUGUGUUUGUGCACGUAAACGUUAUACAACUCUUAUUGUUCUGUUCAGAUUAAGCCUCGUGUCAGUCCUUACAAAAAUAUUGCCAUGGUAACAAAAUAUAUAGCAGACCAUAUUUGUUCGUAAUUUCCACUGAUGCAAUAUUAAUUUGUACUUUGGUCAUCAAAUACAAUUCAAGUAACAUUGACAUUAAAUUCAAUUAUAUGAGCUGUAAUAGCAUACUGUGUCCACUGUAUGUCUUUUUUUUUAAAUAAAUAUUGAUAUUAUAAUAUCAAUCAAAUUGGUAUGGGGUUUUGUUGGCUUAGGUGCAGUUUUGCGCCGGUUUCAAUGCUAUUUCUGCUAUAUCAAUGCGGUUAGUUAACCCAGUCAUAGUUUUCCUGGGUAACCUGGUUAACAAGUACAUUUUUAAAGUGCUCUUAUUUAUGACCGUAACUGACAACUGCCCCACUUCAAUAAUCUAGGGGAGAAUAGUCGUAGAAAGGAUUUCGUGAUCAAUUACUACACACGGUAUCGAACCCGCGAUCCUUGAAUGUUUAGCCCAGCGCAAUUGUAAUUAUAUAAAUGUAUACCGGUUUAUUGUUUAUAUGUAAUCAUAUGAGAAAAUCGACAUAUUUUGAAUUACAAAUGUUAUUUAGUUUGUUUUACUGACGAAUAACUAGUAUUUAGGUUUU